AUGGCGCAACCCUUCUCAAGCAACCACCCGAGCGUAAACGAGGACGUGUAUAUGGUAUUCACGAACUCAGAUGAUGAUGGCGAAAGCCAAUACGUAGGUUCUUUUCUUGCGAUUCUUGCGUGAAGACAUCCGCACGAUCUGACCCUCCUCCAUAGGAACCCACACCACCCAAGAAGAUCGUCCUCAAGAGUGUUCACUGGGCCUCUGGACAUCAUGAAACCCCCACAGGCCAACCGAAAACUUUGAAGGAGCGCAUAACUAGGGUACAGGUCAAUCCUGAGGAGGCCUAUAUGGCCAUGGACAUGGAUGGCGACCCCGAGGAUAACGAGGAAGAGGACAAAGAUGAGGACGAAGAUGAAGAAGAUGAUAGCGAAGAUGGUUCUCUGGUUGCAGAUAAUGCCAAAGAAGAGUCAAUUGAGAGUGUAUUGAAGACCGCUGACGAAGCCCUGAAGGACCCAAACACCCGACAGAAAGUUGGCGACCUCUAUAAGAAGAAGAAGCGCUUUGGCGGAGGGGAUCUGCAUUAUAAUGUGAGCGAUUGGAACCUGAUUCUCCUCGUCAAUGUCCUCAUUGCGGCCGGUUUCAAAGACUUUCGCGAGGCCAUUGCGAAGUUGGCAAUCCAGCAAGAGGCCCUUAUGACGGAAGAUUUGAGACGUGCUUUGGCAGUGAAGGUGCGGAGGGAGCAAGCUGAUCACCUUGUUGUUGGUAGGCUUUGAGUAUACCCUGUUGUUUACUUUCUAAUUUUGUACUUUGUUAACGCUGUUCGUUGCAGUCAAAAACCCACUCUUUCCAAGUGCAGCUUUCGAUGUCCUGGACCCGCGUACAAUCCCUGGAAAAAAUCAGCCCCAAAGCCACGUCGAGAAUCUAACAGAUAUUCUUCACGGUAUGACGGUGAAGGAUCCCACGAAGGAAGAGAACAAGUAA